AUGGAUGCUGAUUCAUGGGCUGCUCGUCUUUCUUCAUCCUCCAAGCGCAAUUUGUUCAAUUCACAAUCUCGAUCUGUGGGAAUGAAAUGGGAUGGUUUUGAUGCUGAAAUGUUGAUGGGGUUUGAGGAAAUGGACAUGGAUGAUGAUAUAAGAGAGGAGUAUGCAUGCCCAUUCUGCUCGGAAUAUUUUGAUAUCUUGGGACUCUGUUGCCACAUCGAUGAUGAGCAUCCUGUUGAGUCUAAAAAUGGGAUUUGUCCAGUUUGUGCAAUGAAGGUGGAUGUCGACAUGGUUGGUCAUAUAACCUUGCACCAUGCCAAUAUGUUUAAGGUGCAGCGCAAGAGGAAAUCACUUAAAGUUGGUUUGCAUUCAAAACUUUCUUUGUUGAGGAGGGAACUGAGAGAAGGAAAACUGCAGUCUCUUUACGGAGGGUCUUCCCGUGCAGUUUCUUCAAGCAGUGCAGCUCCAGAUCCAUUGUUAGCUUCAUUUAUUUCUCCAAUCAUUGAUGAUUUUGGGAGUGUCCCGUCGCACUCUUCUGAGUUAGGAUCGGUUAACAGAAGUGCAACCACAAACAUUUCAGAAAGAAACGCGCAACCACCACCCUUGUCGAUUGAAGACCAGGAGGAGAAGGCCAAGAAAUGUGAGUUUGUUCAAGGAUUGCUGUUAUCCACAAUUCUUGACGAUAAUUUAUAA